AUAAAUAAAUAAAUAUGAAUAUAUCUGUAGAGAGAGAAAGUGGUGUGUGUGAAGCGAGAGAGUGAGUAUAUAAUAGGCCAUUAGUUCCAAGAGAGAGAAAAGUCCAAAUAGAAGCGAAGAGAGAGAAAGGUUUGGGGGUUUGGGGUUUGAGUUCUGGUGUGUGUUGGUGUUGGUGUUGGUGGUGCCUUUGUUGGGUUCCAUAUUCGGGGUCCCUUUCUUCCCAUGUGUGGAGCUCUGCACGAAGAUCUAGUUUAGAGUUGCUCAUUUGGGUGCAUAUCUAAUCGAAGGACGUGGCGGUUACGAUGUCGUCCCUCAGUAGGGAGUUGGUGUUCCUGAUCUUGCAGUUUCUGGACGAGGAAAAGUUCAAAGAGACUGUUCAUAAGCUUGAACAGGAGUCUGGGUUUUUCUUUAACAUGAAGUAUUUUGAGGAUGAAGUGCACAAUGGCAAUUGGGAUGAGGUUGAGAGGUAUCUCUCUGGUUUCACUAAAGUAGAUGAUAAUAGGUACUCUAUGAAGAUAUUUUUCGAGAUAAGGAAGCAGAAGUACCUGGAGGCAUUGGAUAAGCAUGAUCGGUCCAAGGCUGUAGAGAUAUUGGUGAAGGAUUUGAAGGUCUUUGCAACAUUUAAUGAAGAACUUUUUAAGGAAAUCACACAGCUUUUGACAUUGGAGAAUUUCAGGGAAAAUGAACAAUUGUCUAAAUAUGGCGAUACGAAGUCUGCAAGAGCAAUCAUGUUGGUUGAGCUAAAAAAACUAAUCGAAGCAAAUCCUUUAUUCCGUGACAAGUUGCAAUUUCCCAACCUUAAAAACUCAAGGUUACGUACUCUCAUCAAUCAAAGCUUGAAUUGGCAGCAUCAACUUUGUAAGACUCCACGUCCAAAUCCAGAUAUAAAAACACUUUUUGUGGAUCACUCAUGUGGACAACCCAACGGUGCAAGAGCUCCAUCUCCUGCUAAUAAUCCACUACUAGGAUCCUUGCCGAAGGCUGGAGGGUUUCCUCCUCUUGGUGCACAUGGGCCUUUUCAACCUACUCCAGCACCUGUGCCAACACCCCUGGCUGGUUGGAUGUCGAAUCCUACCACUGUAGCACAUGCUGCAGUUUCUGGAGGAGCCACUAUAGGUCUUGGUACUGCUACAGGUCUUGGUGCACCAUCAAUCCCUGCUGCUUUGAAGCACCCUAGGACCCCUCCAACUAAUCCUUCUGUUGACUACCCAUCUGGAGAUUCAGAUCAUGUCUCUAAGAGAACAAGACCAAUGGGAAUGUCGGAUGAGGUAAAUCUUCCUGUCAAUGUGUUGUCAGCCACGUUCCCAGGUCAUGGUCAUGGACAGGCUUUUAAUGCACCAGAUGACUUGCCAAAGACUGUUAUGCGGACUCUGAACCAGGGUUCAUCUCCUAUGAGCAUGGACUUCCAUCCAGUUCAACAGACUAUACUUCUUGUUGGUACAAAUGUUGGGGACAUUGCUUUGUGGGAAGUGGGUUCUAGGGAGCGGUUGGUCUUGAGGAAUUUCAAAGUUUGGGAUCUUAGUGCUUGUUCAAUGCCUUUUCAGGCUGCUCUUGUCAAAGAUCCAGGUGUUUCUGUCAACCGUGUGAUUUGGAGUCCAGAUGGUGCUUUAUUCGGAGUUGCUUACUCAAGGCACAUUGUUCAGAUAUACUCUUAUCAUGGUGGCGAUGAAGUACGGCAGCACCUGGAGAUUGAUGCUCAUGUUGGUGGAGUAAAUGACUUAGCAUUUUCCCAUCCAAAUAAACAACUAUGUGUGAUAACUUGUGGUGAUGAUAAGACCAUUAAGGUGUGGGAUGCUGCUACGGGUGCAAAGCAGUAUACCUUUGAAGGUCACGAGGCUCCAGUUUAUUCUGUCUGCCCACAUUAUAAAGAAAACAUUCAGUUCAUCUUUUCAACAGCAUUAGAUGGAAAGAUAAAAGCAUGGUUGUAUGACAAUUUGGGAUCUCGUGUUGAUUAUGAUGCUCCUGGUCGUUGGUGCACCACCAUGGCCUAUAGCGCUGAUGGUACAAGGCUCUUUUCAUGUGGGACAAGCAAGGAUGGGGAAUCGUCUAUUGUUGAGUGGAAUGAAAGCGAGGGAGCUGUUAAAAGGACCUAUCAAGGAUUUCGCAAACGAUCUUUGGGUGUUGUACAAUUUGAUACAACCAAAAAUCGAUUUUUGGCUGCGGGUGAUGAUUUCUCCAUUAAGUUCUGGGAUAUGGACAAUAUUCAGCUUUUGACACAAGUUGAUGCUGAUGGGGGUCUCCCUGCAAGUCCACGGAUUCGUUUCAACAAGGAUGGAGCUCUUUUAGCUGUCUCAGCAAAUGAAAAUGGAAUUAAAAUCUUAGCCAAUGCAGAUGGUAUGCGCUUGUUGCGUUCAUUAGAGAAUUCUAUGUAUGAUGCAUCAAGAACGUCAGAAGCCAUGGCAAAGCCUACAAUAAAUCCAAUUUCCGCAGCUGCUGCCAGUAGUGCUGCACUUUCAGAAAGGGUCCCAUCUGUGGUAGCUAUGGCUGGAAUGAAUGGAGAUGCCCGAAACUUGGGAGAUGUUAAACCUAGAAUAAGUGAAGAAUCCAAUGAUAAGUCAAAAAUAUGGAAGCUUACUGAAAUCAGUGAACCAUCUCAAUGUAGAUCCUUAAAGCUACCUGAGAAUGUACGAGUAACUAAGAUAUCAAGGUUGAUAUACACUAAUUCAGGCAAUGCUAUUCUGGCAUUAGCUUCAAAUGCCAUUCAUCUGCUUUGGAAGUGGCCGCGAAGUGACCGUAAUUCUUCUGGCAAGGCCACUGCCAGUGUGCCACCUCAGCUAUGGCAACCUUCAAGUGGCAUCCUGAUGACAAAUGACAUUGGUGAUAGCAAUACUGAGGAUGCUGUUCCUUGCUUUGCUCUUUCUAAAAAUGAUUCUUAUGUAAUGUCAGCAUCAGGGGGGAAGAUUUCUCUGUUCAAUAUGAUGACUUUUAAGACAAUGACUACUUUCAUGCCUCCACCACCUGCUGCAACCUUUCUUGCUUUCCAUCCUCAGGAUAACAAUAUCAUUGCUAUAGGCAUGGAUGAUUCUUCAAUUCAGAUAUAUAAUGUCCGUGUAGAUGAGGUUAAAAGUAAACUCAAAGGCCACACUAAAAGAAUCACAGGUCUUGCUUUCUCUCAUGUAUUGAAUGUCCUAGUUUCUUCUGGGGCAGAUGCUCAGAUUUGUGUGUGGAAUACUGAUGGAUGGGAGAAACAGAAGACUAGAUUCUUGCAACUUCCUGCUGGAAGGACUCAACCAGUUCAGGCAGAUACACGUGUACAGUUUCAUCAGGAUCAGAUACGCUUCUUGGUUGUACAUGAAACGCAGCUUGCAAUUUAUGAAGCAACGAAACUAGAAUGUCUAAAGCAGUGGUUUCCACAAAGUUCUGCUGCACCUAUAUCGCAUGCAACUUUCUCAUGCGAUAGUCAGCUCAUAUACGCCAGCUUCUUAGAUGCAACAGUCUGUGUGUUUAGUGCUUCAAACCUCAGAUUACGCUGUCGAGUCAAUCCUUCUGCAUAUCUUUCUGCAGGUGUCAGCAGUUCUAACGUACAACCGCUUGUAAUCGCUGCACAUCCACAAGAACCAAAUCAAUUUGCAGUUGGACUUUCGGACGGUGGAGUGCAUGUGUUUGAGCCCCUUGAGUCUGAAGGAAAAUGGGGCAUGCCUCCACCCAUUGAGAAUGGGUCAGCAAGCAAUGCAGCAGCUGUCUCAGUUGGUGCUUCUUCAGAAGAAGCUGCCCAGAGAUGAUCCAAAGUCACAGCCAAAGACAAGUUUCUUUUACAUACUUGGCUUGCUGGCCCUUUCAAGAAGCAACCCACUAGUUUAUGUACUGUAUUUAAAUGCAAUUGCCAAUACGUCUCAAAUUCUUUUCUUUUCUUUAAGUUAAAUGAUGAUAUUUAUAGAUGUAGGAUAUGUUGAGUACUUCCGCCAAGUAACAUUGGUUGGUCCAUCUCCAUCCUAACUUGUUCUUUUGUGUAGUCAUGUUAAGUAUAAACUACCGUCGCUUUCUAA